UCUUGAUCAUUUGAUCCCCUCACCUACUCAACAAAUGCCUGCACCAGAUCCUAAAACAGGACGCGCAUUCAUAUGGCUCGUCUCUUGCUUUCUCUUCAUCUCCAUAGCUGCCGGAGGCACAUUUCUCAUGUUGUACAUGAUCCUCCCUGAAUCUGAGUCCACAUCUUGGCUUCCUAUUGCUGGCGUCUUCUUUGUUUGCUUGCCUUGGAUGUUUUGGUUCCUCACAUGCUUCUACAGAAUCCUUUCACGAGCCUGCGGAUUCAGGGUCGCCAUUGGCGGUGGUGGAGGCGGCGGUGAAAGAGGUGGUGGUGGUGGAAAUGCGACUCAAGUUGUGACGACAACGGGGGAUCAGCCUGCUGAAGUGACCGUAGAAGCUGAUUCGCUGGAAAAUGAUGGUAGACACGUCCAAUUCGGGCCUCCUGUGGUGUUGGGAGGGGAAGAUCAUGAAGCUGGACAACAAGGGAAUGACACAAAGAUGAUGCGUCAUUCAUUGAGCAAUUCAAGCGAUUCCUCCAUUGCUUCUCACGAAAGUGAAAUGCCGUUGGCUUUAUCAAUGGCAUCUUGAAUAUGCCUCCAAAGUGGGUAUUGUGGAUUCUUGACUAUUUCAUGCAUCAGACCCUGAAAAUGACAAAAUUUCUCUUCCAUGGCGAUCACUCCUCGUACAAAGCACAGAUCAAUCUUUCGCACCAAACAGUCUCUUUGCAAUGCAGGAUAAAAGCAGGGUAAAACCGCUUCCCUCUUUUCCAUGGAUUUGAGCUUUUCUUCUCUUUUCUUGACGCAGUACGCAAUUUUGUUUUAGACACGAAACUCCUAUAGAUUUAGAUCCCUGCCUUCCGAUCCUUACAAGCCUGUGUAAUCGAACUUUGCAUUUCCAUCUUUUCAUCUUUCAGUGGCAUGGCUCUCUUGAUGUUGGUCAAUUUAAACUGCCUGACUCAUUUAGAAACAGUGAUAUAUAUCAAUAUAUGUACUCAUUUGCACAGAGAUAUCCUUUCUUUUGCUCUGUGAUUUGUUAAAUACUGAGACUUCUCCUUCCUUCAUUGGGCAGAUCUUCAAAUGCUAUCAGCUAGGCUUGUUCUAUUGUAAUAUUUCUUUUUCUUUUCUUGUAUCUUCCUCUUGCCUUUACACUAUUUGUACGUUUUGAAUAUAAAUAGAGUUUUGAAUGAAACUAGUCAUGUUCAAUCUUACAA